UAUUAGUUCAUAAAUUAAUUAUGUGAUUAUAAUGUUGCAAUCAAAUAUUUUAUUUUAUCAUGAGGAUGCAGGUGGUGAGAAAAUAGAGCACGUACUUGCAUUUGCAAUUCAAAUCACUUAUAUGUUGCCUUGACUAUAAACUGAUAAUGAGUUUUAUAAAUAAAUUGAUGUCUCGAGUUUUCAAAAAUAGGCGCAGUAUUUAUAAUAAUUGAGAAACAAAAAGAGUUUAGAGUGUAUUGACCCCUGUUAUUUUGACCGACAUAUUGAGUUUUCACUUUUUAAUCUUUAGUAUUCAACCGAUGAUUCCUAUAAAAACGAAAAUCUUAUUUUUCAUCCAAAGAAUUUUGAUGAGACACAAAAAUUCGUAUCGCUUUCAAUGUCAUUGUUUUCGGAUGCAAAUUCGUUUUCUAAGCCUAUAUAAAACGCAAUGAUUAUUUUACUUUGGUCACAUACAAGAUUUUCUAUGAUAAUGUGACAAUGCGUUGGUUGUUUUAGUUAUAUCGACUGUUAUAUAGGAUGAAAAUUUAUGUUUUCAUAUUCUUAGCCUUGCUUGCAAUUUGUGUUAAAACUAGUCACAGCAAUCCAGUGUCAAAGUCAUUUGAUUCUUCUCAUCAUCAUCAUUCAUUAGACGGAGUAUGGAAGUUAAACAAAAAAUGGAAAUAUCGAUGGGUAAAAGAAUGGAGUGUCAAAAAAGUAUACGUACCAGUUUGGAAAAAAAUCUGGACACCAGUGGAAAUAAAAAAAUGGAUACCAGGCCCAAGCAUUGUCCAUCACAAAUAGAUCCGAUUUUGGGCAACCUCACUGUCUACAAUUCCACGUUGUACGCCAUAUUAGAAAUGCUGAAUUCGAAUGGCAUUAAAUAGUUCCUAGGUAGCUGUAAUGUGAUUUAAUUAAUUUAUUUAUUUAUUUACUUAAUUUAUUAUAUUUUGGAUUAUUAUGAUCUAUGUUGAAAAAACAAAAUUAAAACGAGGAAAACAUUCAAAAACCUUGAUGUUGUUAUGAUUUUUAUCAAAAAGAACAAAUACAAAAUUGUUUUUUUCAUUAAAAUGUUCUUGAUACAGAUGAGAUAGGUAAGGAAAUUAUUUAUAUUUUUACCUAAUGCGAUGAGCAGAAUUCAUCGAGUAAACCCGAAUUGUUUAUUGAAAUAUUCAAAUUUUACAUAAUAACAUAAUAAUAAAGCGCUAAGGAAAUUAUUAGAUAAUAGAGAGUUAUUGGAACUAUUAAAUACUGCCUCGCGGUAUUAAGGAUCUACGUUAUUUUAUUAGUGCAUCAGUACUAUUUUUCCAAGAAAAAAACAGUUAUUGGAAGACUGUAGUAGGUGCUAGAGUAUUACCUUAUUUUGUAUUUAUAACUUUGACAGAUGAUAGCUAUGUUAAUAAAUUUCAGCCUCAGAAAGUGUUUAUUUUUGUUUGUGAUUUUCUGCUGAUACUCAUUUUUUGAUGUUACCCACAGUAAAAUGGAAAACUAUUGUAAAAAAUAAAUUUUCUAAGUAAAAUUACGUCAUCGUCGAAAAGCAA